AAUGCUGAUCAUUUCACUCUAUCUUGUCUUCCACUGAUACACCUGCUGUAUCUGUUAUGUGUAACCACUACUAUAGAAUUUUAUGUUGCCUCCUGUAACGGAACUGGACCCAGACCGCACUUGGGUAUUUCCGUUAGACUCCAGCUUCUGUGUCCAAACACAAAUCCACGGACUCCACCGCUGAUCAUGCAGGAAAAUAGACAGCACCAGACUCUUCUUAAGACAGGAAAUCAACUGCUUUAUUUUCACACAAACACAAGAUAUAUACACAGGGCGGGGAAAUACAACCAGGAACAGGAAACACAUCCACAGGCCCUCCCAGCAGGGGGAAGGGCUGCAGGAAACACCCCCCACCAAACCAAGACACAGAACAAUGGGAUGCAGCACAUGGCAGUGAACAAUGGACCAACCACAUGGCAGUGAACAAUGGACAACCCCACGCCCAUAUUAUAACAUUUCACCCUGUACCCCCUAA